CCUGAAACUCUCAGAGAUAUGCUGGCCUCUGUCUCCUGAGUGUUAAGAAGAAAGGCCUGUGCUACCAACAUCCCCUCCCUGGCUUCCCCAUGUAGUUUUUUUUUUUUUUUUUUUGUUUUUUUUUGAAAGCAAGAAGGAAAGAACAGAGAGGGGAGUGGGUAGAAAAAGGGAUGAAUUUGAAGAAAUUGCAGUUGCGGUUGAAUUUGAUAAACAUAAGUUGAAGUAAAUUCUUAAGGAAUUAUUAGGAAGUUUUUAAUGUUGAUAUUUGCUAAAAUCACAGAUUGAUAUCAUUAACUGUUAAAUUGGAAAAGGUAAACCGAAAUUAUAAGCACAUCACAAAAUAUUAGAAACAGUGAAAUAUUGUAGUAAAAUUGCUCUUUAUUUUGUUUUUUAAGAUGAGUUCUCACUGUAUAUUCCAGGCAGGCCUUGAACUAAAACUCCUCCUUGCCUCAACAGCCCAAUUCCUAGGAAUCUUGAUUUAAAGGUGUGACCUAUCAAACCCAGAUAAGAUGUGUGACUCAGGAAAACUUGUGGAGGAUUAUUUUGUGAGGAUUCGCCAUAGCUAUAAUUCAAUCUUCCAUCCAAUUAGAUUACUGCUAUUUCCAGUGGGUGUGGUCUCCAGAGAGUAUAUAAGGACACUCCAGGGGCCAGCCAGGUUCAUUCUUCUCUAGAGCAGACAGAGUGUGUUUCCAUACCUUCUGGCUCCUAGACUGCUAGAUCCUUCUAGCCCACACAUUGAGGGUCACACCACAGAGCUGAGCUAAUAUUGUUGUGUGCCCACCAGACACUGCUGAGACCAGAGACUAUUCCGUGGGAAAAUGGAGUCAGACAUCUCACAAGCCUUCCAGGAAGAACUCACCUGCUUCAUCUGCCUGAGCUGCCUGACAGAGCCAGUCACCAUAAGCUGUGGCCACAGCUUCUGUCGAGCCUGCCUCCAGCUUUCCUGGGAGGACACCCAACUUCCAGUCCACUGCCCUAUGUGUCGGGAACCAUGCCUACCGAAGGAAAUGAGAACCAACAUUGUUCUGAAGAAGCUGGUGUCCAUUGCCAGACAAGCCAGCCUCAUGAAGGACCUGAGCUCUGAGGAGCAUAAGUGUGUGAGCCACAAGGAGACAAAGAGGACCUUCUGUGUUGAGAGCAGGAUCUUCCUCUGUCAGCUCUGCUCUAACUCCCAUGAGCACAGAGGUCACAGACAUUGUCCCAUUGAGGCAGCAGCUCAAGAUCAAAUGGAAAGACUUCUGAAGCAGAUGGCAUCUUUAUGGGAGAAGAUCCAAGAAAAUCAAGAGAAUAUCGAGGCAGCGAUGGGAACAAAAACUUUGUGGAUGGACUAUGUGACUCAGCGGGAAGAAAUGAUCAGGUCAGAGUAUAGGGAGCUGCAUUCAUUCCUCUGUGAAGAGGAAGAGAAACAUAUCGAGUGCAUGAGAAAGGAAGGCCAAUGUGUUUUAGAGAAAUUGAGGGAGAGUGAAGCCAUGAUGGUCCAAAAGAGCAAAGAACUAAGAGAAAUGUUUCAGGAGCUGAUGGCAAUGUCCCAGGAGCCAUAUGUGGUACUGCUCCAGGGUGUGGAUGACAUGGUCAGAAGGAGUGAGUCAAUGCAGCUGAGCAUGCCCAAGGGUAUGCAACCUGAACUCAGUGCCCUACCCAUCACCGGACUGACUGAAAGGUGCAAGCACAUCCAGGUGCACAUUUUCUUUGACAAUGUAACCACCUUCGAUUCCAAGAUGAACCUAUUUAAUGUCUUGAGAGAAUUCAGCUUCGGACCUCACCUUAAGGAUACAUCUGUGGAUUCUGUUGGAUGCUAUUUGGCUUCCUGGGGAUCCUUGAAAUUCAUCUCGGGGAAAUAUUACUGGGAGGUGGAUUUGCAGGACUCUGGGGACUGGGCUGUAGGUGUCUGUGAGGAUUCCUGGUUAAGGAAUACCAACCAAAUGACUGACUAUGAGGGUGCCUUUCUUCUUGUGUGUAUGAGGGAGGGUAAUCAUUACAGUCUCCUCACCACAUGCCCUCUAUAUUGGCACUAUAUAGAGAGGCCCCUGGGCAGGGUUGGGGUGCUCCUGGAUUGUGAGCGUGGAUGUUUAAGUUUUGUGAAUGUUGCCAAGAGUUCCCUCAUAUAUAGGUACCCCCCUGGCACCUUCAAAAACCCUGUCCGGCCUUUCUUCUCCAGUGGCCAUGAAGGGAGAACCUUUAAUCCAGCACAUUAG